CGGAAGGACUUUUAUUGUGACUUACAACCGGAUGUUAAACUGUGUUGUAUCCCAGCUCAUAUGUUCAUUGGACGAUAUCAAAUAUUUUCUCAAAUAGGCGGGAUUUCCGUGUUUUCGUUGCAGUGACGAUUCUUCAUAUGAAUAGGCAUGGAGAGUCAGAGAGACGAGAGUGAAAACCCCAACAGAGAUGGAGAUAUAGCCUCCGUCAUGGGAUUCUCUGGCUUUGGAAAGAAGGCACGAACCUUUGACUUUGAGGCCAUUUUUGAGCAGACACGGAGGACGGCUAUCGAAAGGAGUCAGCAUGUUUUAGAGGAGAGGCAAAAGGAGGAGGCACAGAAAGCUGGUGCGUCUCAAGCUCCCGGGUCAUCAGGUCUCAGCAAGAAAGAAGCACCAAAAACCACCGUCUCCUCCAGACAGCAGGAGAGUGAGAGCAGCAGUGACAGCGACAGCAGUGAGUCAGACUCAGAGGUCAUUGGUCCACCCCUCCCCCCUGGGUUCAGCGCGAAGGCGGGACCUGACGAGGACGACGAAAUGAUCGGCCCCCCGCUUCCGCCGGGUUACGGGGGUGGCGCGGCGGACGCCAAGGAUGAAGAUGAGGAUGAUGUUGAAGACGACGAGGAUGAUGACCCAGUGAAGAAAAUUCCAGAUACCCACGAAAUUACACUUCAGCACGGCACAAAAACAGUGUCUGCUCUGGCCCUGGAUCCUUCCGGAGCUCGACUGGUCACCGGCGGAUACGACUACGAUGUUAAGUUUUGGGAUUUUGCUGGGAUGGAUGCGGCACUGCAGGCUUUUCGGUCUUUGCAGCCUUGUGAAUGUCACCAGAUUAAGUCGCUCCAGUACAGCAUUACUGGUGACGUCAUUCUGGUGGUGGCUGGGAAUGCCCAGGCCAAAGUGCUUGACCGCGACGGCUUCCAGGUCCUAGAAUGUGUCAAAGGAGACCAGUAUAUUGUGGACAUGGCAAACACAAAGGGACACACUGCCAUGCUGAGUGGAGGCUGCUGGCAUCCCAAGAUAAAGGAAGAGUUCCUCACCUGCUCCAACGACGGGACUGUACGAACGUGGGACCUGAAUUCCGAGAAAAAGCACAAGUCCGUGUUUAAGCCCCGUUCGCAACAGGGCAAGAGAGUCACCCCCACCUGCUGUACCUACAGCCGCGACGGAAAGCUCAUCGCCGCGGGCUGCCAGGAUGGGACGAUACAGAUCUGGGACAGAAACCUAAGCGUUCACACCAAGUUUCACUGUCGUCAAGCCCAUGUUCCUGGAUCAGACACCUCCUGCCUGACUUUCUCCUACGACGGGACGACGUUGGCCUCCAGAGGAGGGGAUGAUACUCUUAAGACAUGGGAUAUUCGUAACUUCAAGAAACCCCUUAAUGUGGCCACAGGGUUAACCAGCUUCUUCUCAAUGACGGACUGCUGCUUCAGCCCAGAUGAUAAGCUCUUGGUCACUGGCACCUCGGUGAAGAAGGGUGAGGGUAAUGGCAAGCUGGUGUUCUUUGACAGACAGUCCUUCCAGAGAGUCUAUGAAAUCGAAGUGGCCAACACGAGUGUGGUUCGCUGUCUCUGGCAUCCUAAGCUGAACCAGAUCAUGGUUGGGACUGGGGAUGGCCAGGCCAAAGUCUAUUAUGAUCCAGUCAGGAGUCAGAGAGGUGCCAAACUUUGUGUGGUGAAGAGCAAGAGGAAGGAGAAACAGGCUGAGACCCUGACGCAAGAUUACAUCAUCACUCCACAUGCCCUGCCCAUGUUCCGUGAAGCCCGACAGAGAAGCACCCGGAAACAGCUCGAAAAAGAUCGGCUUGACCCGGUCAGGUCCCACAAACCCGAACCACCCGUGUCAGGACCAGGUCGAGGAGGUCGUGUGGCAGCACACGGAGGCACUCUGUCCUCUUACAUUGUAAAGAACAUCGCUCUGGAUAAGACAGAUGACAGCAACCCUCGGGAAGCCAUCCUGCGGCAUGCCAAAGAGGCAUCGGAGAACCCUUACUGGGUCGCCCCAGCUUACGACAAGACACAACCGAAGCCCAUGUUUGCUGAGGUGGAGUCAGAAGAUGAAGAUGCAGACAAGGAGCCAGAGUGGAAGAAACGCAAGAUUUGAACACGAACUCUCCUUUUCCCAACGCAGUCUGUUAUUUGUUUAGAUCAAAGCAUUUGUUUAUCCUUUUAGUUAGUGUUGGAUUCACUCUCCCUCUACGUUCCUACCAGCUUUUCAUCUUCUUUGUGUGUAUAUAUGUGUCUGUAUGCUUGUGUGUGUGUGUGUGUGUGUGUGUGUGUGUGUGUGUGUCAGAGAGCAAGAGUGAAAGAGAAAGGAUUCUGUAAGUAUCUCAUGCCAGAUGUUUUGAGAGUGCAUCCUCUCUAAUUGAUAUAUUUCAAGGAACAAGAAAAAUCGAUAUUUUGUUUGGGGUUUUUUUUGUUUUUUUUAAACCCAUAUGACGUAACGCAUUCGACUGCACAGACACUGGCUGUGAAUUCAUUUUGAUAACACGAUGUCGUUUUUAACUUUCCCUUCUGUGUUCUUUUAGCGAGUUUUUGUCUUGUGUUUCAAUAUAAACAAACUCAAUGUGUGGUCAGACCGCAUUUGUCAUGUAGCGGCGGCAUUGGCAGCACCACUGACAAUUACAAAUUGUUGUUUUUGUUUUGUUUUUUUUUCUCUCUCUCUCUCUCUUUCUCUAUCUAUGAAUAUAGUUAACCUUUUUUGGUAUUAAAUACAGAAAUCGUAGAUGCGUGCAUGGUUAAACAUCUCCAAAAAAAAAAAAGAAAAGAA